AUGAGCACCAGCAGCAAAGAAGGAGGAGGCUCGGUGAAGAAGCGGGACCCUCGCCCUGGGGCAAGAAGGGUUUCUUCUCUAUCUGCCGAGCAGCUGGAACGAAAACGCGCCAAUGACCGAGAAGCACAACGCACCAUCCGACAAAGGACGAAGGAGCACAUUGAGCAGCUUGAAAGUCAGGUCGCCAUGCUUCAGAAUCAACUAGCUGAGAUGCAGCCGCGAGUCGAUCGAUUUGGAGAACUUUUGCAACAUAACGCCGCGCUGGAAGACGAAGUUAGUCGAUUAAAACAACAGAUGACGACGCUGAUGGGCCGACCUGUCUUCGCGGCCACUGGUGAGCAGACUGGCGCUUUUAGCGGCGGGUGGUCGGUGGAGGAACGAUCAGGAAAUACAGCAUCCAGCGUUCCAUCAACUAAUACAAUGCUCUCUCCGCACUUCUCUGGAUCGUCUCAUCCUUCGCGAGCGCCGUCUGUUGUCUCAGCAUCCGCACCGAAUCGCUCGCCUCAUGUACAGGAUUGGCAAUCAUACAAUAAUACUCGAUCGCCAUCAUUGGCGGAUUCAUCCGAUCCUGAUUUUUCAGCUCGAAUGGAUCCAUUUGGGUUAGAUGGGCAGAUGAGCCAGAAAUCUCGACUGGUGCCAUCUUCUCUCCCUGUUGGAGGGCCUCAAAUAAACUUGGGGAAUUCAAUAAGCACUUUAAAUUCACAAUCAUCUGAGACUGCGUUCUCUCAAGCCUCAACUCACCGAUCUAUACCUAUGUCCAUGACACCCUUGGCCUCAACUGCACAGUCAGGGCCCUCAUUCCAGGAUUCCUUGCUGCAAAGUACACAAAAGGAUUCAGAAUAUUCAUAUCCUUCGUGGGUUCCGCAGUAA